CAGUUCCAAAAAAAAAAGAUAAAUACUCACCCAACACCAUGAAAAAACUCUAUGCCAAAACCUCCUUCUCCUCGAAGAAUCGCAGUAAAUCGGCUAAAAAUGAAAACGAUCCCCACUCGGCAGAUUCUCUCAUCAAAUAUCACGAUCCAAUUUUGGCAUUUCAACCCUCAAAAUGUAAAGAUGUGAACGGAGAUUCUCAGCAAAAAUACAAACCUAAACAUCCAUUUGGUGCUAAACUCCAAAAUUUGGAACAUUUGCGUAAUCCUCAAUUUUCCAGCGGGGAAAAUUCGAACGUGAUUAUGCCUGUCGUAUCCACAUCACCGUAUGAAGAGUCACCUUACUAUUAUACCAUAACGGAGUUGGAAAACCUUCAAAUGCUGGAUCAUCGACAUCCUCACUUUCAUCAUCAUCACAAUCCACAGCAUCAUCUGAAGAUGCAACAGAUGCAUGCUGGCGGCAAGGUCUAUCAUCAGCACAGUCAAUUGGUCUUACAGCUACCCAGUGUUACGUCGACAUCGACAACAGAAGACAAUUUUGCCUGCGACACCAUAGAUUCUCCCAUGACCAGUUGUGGACAACAGCAACAACAACAACAACGUUUGCUAUCUUCACCACCCAUCUAUGAAGCACCACAAAUGAAUUCAUCAUCAUCGUCGUCCGGUGCAUCUUCUCUAUUGUCGCGCUCAUCUUCGAACUUGUCCUCACCCACAGCCACCAUAAAAUCAACCGCCAUGGGUCUAAGAAGGCAAACCUCAUUGUCGGCGGCAACGGCAACAACACCACCACCGCCCCCGCACCAAUACCACUAUGACCCAUAUGAUGCCAGCAUUCAGCAUCAUCAAAUGUCGUAUCAAACGCAGCAUCAUAGCCAGCAACAGAGCCUGAGCCAGAGUCGCCAACAGCUGCAGUUAUCUCCAACGUCGCCGCCGCGUGAUAAUUUGUCGCCUAAUGGGGAUUUUAUGAAUAACUCGAUAUCGCCAACAUUAUCUGUUGAACAAAGUAUUAUUGGGGCACGUGCCUCCGUCAUGGUCUACGAUGAUAACCAAAAGAAAUGGGUGCCAUCGGGCACUUCGUCGGGCCUCAGCAAGGUACAAAUCUACCACCACCAACAGAACAACACAUUUCGUGUUGUCGGCCGUAAACUGCAGGACCACGAGGUUGUCAUCAAUUGUUCCAUUUUAAAAGGACUGAAAUACAAUCAAGCCACUGCCACAUUUCAUCAAUGGCGCGAUUCCAAAUAUGUCUAUGGUCUCAAUUUUUCGAGUCAAAAUGAUGCUGAAGCCUUUGCCAGGGCAAUGAUGCAUGCGUUGGAGGUUCUCAGUGGACGUGUUGCCAACAAUCCCGGCCAGCCAACAAAUGGCAAUGGUUAUGAAGAAGAUAUGGGCUAUCGCACAAUGACCAGUGAAGAUGCUGCCAUCUUGCGGCAGCAGCAACAGAUAACAGGCCAAGUAACACCAUCGGCACAGACACCCACUUCACAAACGAAUCAAAAUAAUAUACCCCAAAGCCCACCGACGCCACAGCAGGGACAUCAUCGCACCAGCAGGAAUUCCCUUAGUGCUCCAGCGGCACCACAGCCACCACAAAUGCAACAACACCAGCAGCAGCAACAACAACAGCAUUCAAUCUAUGGGCACACAACUGGACCAACACAAAAUGGCAUGCAACAGCAUCCACAGCAGCAACAACAGCCGCCAAUGCAGCCACAACAACAACAGAUACCACCAGGACCGGGUCAGCCGCCACAGCAAUCAUACCACACUCCGUCACAGAUGCAACAAACGCAACAACAACUCCAGCAACAGCAGCAACAACAUGCGCUCUAUGCCACCCAACAAAUGGUCAAUGCUGGCGGUUAUCAGCAGCAACCAAAUCAGUAUCAGCAAUCCCACUAUGUCUUGUCGAAUUCUAAUCCCAAUCUUAAUAUGCAUCAAUAUCCGCAACAGCAGCAAGUCGUUGGUGGAAUGAUACCUCAAGCACCCCAGCCUCCCAUGCCACCGCCACAUCAGAAUGGCGGUGUUCCUCACUAUGUGUCUUCGCAGCAACAAAUGGGACCAGGCGGCAUCUCAAAUUCGCAGAGUGCCAACAAUGUUUACGGCAGUCAACCGCCCCAGAUGGGCGGUGGCGGUAUACCAAUGCCACCCCAACCGCCCCAGCCACCGGCAAUGCCAAAUGGCCCGCCAGCGCCACCAAAUGCUUAUGGACAAAUGAAUGGUGGUGGCCAGGUACAGCAAACCGAGAAUCCCUAUGGUCAGGUGCCUGGGGCUCCACCAAUGAUGCCAGUCAAUAGUAGUGCUCCCGUUGGCAAUGUACCUAUGCCACCGCCACUCAAUCGUAUGAGUAGUAGUACCGGUGGUGGCCCAGGUGGUGCUCCCGGUGCACCAGGGGCACCAGCUCCUCCACCACCACCAGCAUUUGGCGGUGCUGCUCCGCCCAUGUUCAAUGGUAAUGCUGGCGGUGCAGGACCAGUUCCACCGCCACCCCAACCUCCAGCUCCCCCAGCACCGCCAGCAAUGGGAGGUGGUGGCCCCGGAGGACCAAGUGGCGGUCCAGCAGCACCCCCGCCGCCUCCGCCACCACCCAUAGGCGGAGGAGGUGCUGGUCCAGCAGCCAAAAAAGAGGAUCCCCAGGCAGACCUAAUGGGUUCCCUGGCUGCCCAAUUGCAACAGGCCAAAUUGAAAAAGAAGUCCACUCCAGCUCCCACAGAGAACAGCGGCAGUAGCACACCCAGCGGAGGCAGCGGCAAUUAUGGUACCAUUGGACGUGGCGGCAGCGGCGGCGGUAUGGCUUCCAUGAUGGACGAAAUGGCCAAAACAUUAGCAAGGCGACGUGCUCAGGCCGAAAAGAAAGAUCCUGAUUCGGAACCAGAAGUAAAACAACGACCUUGGGAAAAAUCCAAUACACUACCACACAAAUUGGGCUCCUCAUCAUCGGCAAAUUCCAAUAACUCAAAUGCAAAUUCCUCACACAAUACAUCGAACAGUGGUAGUGAGUCACCACGACCCAUGCGAAAACGCUUCGGUAGUGCCAGCGAAGAAACGAUACUUAAGGUCAAUGGUGAUGGAUUAUCUGUAGCGGGAUUAUCCAAUAGUGAUUUGGAACAAUUAAAGGCUGAAAUUGUUAGAGAAAUGAAAACGGAAAUACAAAAAGUAAAACAAGAAAUAAUAGAAGCUAUCAAAUCUGAGUUUAACCGAAGAUAAAAGAAUUAUCUUUAGUCAAAUAAAUAAAAAAUAAAACGUAAUUUGGAUCUGAUAACUUAUUUUUAAAUAAUUAUAAAAGAAGAGAAGAGAAAGGAAGAAAAAACAAACGAAGGAUAUCUACAAUUAUAAGAGCAUGUACUGGCUAAAUAUUUUUUACUUUCCAAGACAUUCAUUAACACACACAAAUCGUCAAAGCCUCCACGCAAAUAAAAAAACAGCCGCAACAACAACAACUGCAACAGCAAUUGCCGUGUUAAUUUUUUCACACGACGACGAGUUAUUCAAUUCCCCCAAAAACACACCCUGCUGCAGGAUCGUUUUGAAACAUGGUUUUUAUAAAGCAAUUUAUUGGAACACACACAAACACUCAUACAAAAAAGAAAACACAUGAAACCCUCAAAAUAUACGAAAACGAUUUAAUGAUGAGUACAUAUAUAUAGAUAUUUAUAUAUAUAGUAAUUAAAAAAUAUAUAUUAAAUUAAACAAAAUGAAAAAAACAAACAUAUUAUAAAUAAUAAUAUACAUUAAAAUUAUAAUUAAUAUUAUAAUGAAUAAUGGAACGAAAACGAUGAAAAAAGAGAAUUCCACUUCCAAACAAAACAUAUACCAAAUUGCAAAACAAAACACAAACCUUUGGCCCAACCCCUCGUUUGCCCGUACAGCAGUAUCUAACCAAUCAUCCACAACAUUUCCACUUCCAUGGUAACCGCAACAACAAGAAGAACGCGAAGAAACUCAUUUCUUUUUUAGAAAAAAUAAAAAAACACAAACACAAAACAUCAGCGCUAAAUCUCUCCAUAUAACUGUAGAAAACUGAACUGAACACAAAAACACAUACACACACACAGCAACACAAAUGUAUUUUAUUUUUUAAUUAUAUUAUAUAUAUUUUUUAUAUGUGUUAAAAGAUAAAAUUUAUGUUUAAUUCUAUAUUUAAUAUUAUUAUUAUUAUCAUUGUAUUAAAAGAACAGCAACAAGAAAAAAA